CUAACACCGUCACACUCUCCCUUUCCCGUCCUACUUGCAUUCUUUUCAUCGCUCUCACACUCACUGUUCCUCUUCUGCGUUCAUCCCACCUCAAUCUUUCCCCAAUUGGCUCCCCUUCUUCACAAAUCACAGUCGGCUCCAAACGGUUAAAUCUCGCGGUUUUUCUUAACCCGACGUCUCCUUCGUGCCGAGUUUGGUUUCGUUUGUUCGCCGUCUCUUUCCUUCUCCUCUCCUCGGCGGCCCCUCUAGUCCUUUCUUGCGUGUCCGAUUGAUCCGUCGUCUUGCGUGGCGGCCUCUUCUUCCCCGUCUCCCCUCCGCUUCUCGAAUCAGCCGCGGGGACCGAUUGAAAGUAGGUUUGAUUCCGGUACCUGGUUUCUUGAUUCUGGGUGUCGAGGAUAGGGGGUGCCUGAACUGGUGAUGGCGGAAUUGGUCGGGCCGCGGGUUUACAGCUGCCACCAUUGCAGGAACCACGUCUGCCUCCACGACGACAUCAUCUCCAAGGCCUUUCAGGGGAAGAAUGGUCGUGCAUUUCUCUUCUCUCACGCCAUGAAUGUCGUUACGGGGGCAAAGGAGGACAGGCAACUCAUGACGGGGCUUCACACGGUCGCUGAUAUCCACUGCCGUGAUUGCCGUGAGGUGCUGGGCUGGAAGUACGAGAAAGCCUAUGAGGAAUCGCAGAAGUACAAGGAAGGCAAGUUCAUAUUUGAGAAAGCGAAGAUCGUACAGGAGAAUUGGUAGUAAAUAAAGAGUCGCCAACAUGCCAAAAUGUUCUUAAUGGAGAUGUGAAUUGUGAUUCGUGUCUUUGUACAUAGCAGUCGCCUGUAACUUCUGAAUUCUAGGCUGCACCAUCCUGUUUCCAUUCCACUUGUAAUUUGCACCUGGUUCUCUGUGGGGAGACAAAGUUAUGUUCAUUUGUUUGGGAACCAACCAUUUUCUCAUUGUUCAUAAAUGGAUGGUUUAAUAAUGUUUGAUUCUCUUUUGCCAGUUGUCA